GAACGUUCGCGGAACGGUCACACUGCUAGUCGCGUGUUCGCACACAAAUCGCAAUUUCGCUGUCGUUUUUGAGCCAAAUAUUUAAAAAAAAAGCAAGAGACAAUCGCACGGGUCGCUUUUUAUACAUCUGAAAUAAUGCAAAGUUGCUUUGCAAUAAUUGCACUCCACAAAUUUCGCUUUUGAAUGCUGAGAAAACUGAAGGGGCUAAUUCACUUUCCCGGUGGAACGCACAGCCGCACAGACCACAGUAGAUCUUUAUUGAGACCGCAUAUUUUAUACACAAGGACGCAGAGGACAGGGAGAAGAAGGAAGGACGAAGCGAAGGAGAAAGGCGCCCCCCUCGUUUCCCGCCCAGCCAACAGCCGUGUGAAACCGUCUUGAAUGGAUCCAUUUGUUGGCUGGUUUCAGAAGGAACAGGAGGGACCAUCGCUGCGCACAUGGUUAAAGAUUUGGGAGACGAAUGCCCAGGAGAUGGGCGCUUUGCUUGAUCAGCAGCUACAGCAGGCGACGACGACCAACGGCAGCAUCAGCGGCAACAACAAUAGCAGCGGUAACAACAACAGCAGCAACUCCACUAACAACAUAGGUAACAAUUCAACGGGCAAAUCCUACUUAUCGCGACCCAACAGCUCUCUAAGUCGUGUGCUAAACUUCCGAGCGGAUUCUCUGGAGAUUCUGCAGCAACAACUUAACGGCGUAUCGCAGCGCCACAACAGUUCAACCACCAGCGGCACCGGCACCAACACCAGCGGCAAUAGUAGCAAUACCAGCUCCUCGGCUGAUUCCACCACAAAUCGGGACAAUAACUCACCCGUCAACAGUAGCACUUCCACCAACGGACCAGCAGGAGCAGGAGGAACAGCAACUGGAGGAGGUACUGGCACAGUCACCGGCAACAGCAACGGCAACGGCACCGGCACCAAUAGCCCGGCGACGACCACAGCGGCAAGCACAGCUGCGACCACGACUGGUCCAUCAGCCACCACCAGCACCACGAGUAUGAGCGACACCAGCAACAACCCGCCACAGACAACGACCACGCCCGCCAGCCGCACGAACAGCAUCUACUACAAUCCGUCGCGCAAGAAACGGCCAGAGAACAAGGUCGGCGGUGCCCAUUACUAUAUGAACAACCACAUGGAGAUGAUCGCCAAGUACAAGGGCGAGCCCUGGCGCAAGGCCGACUAUCCGUACGGCGAGGGCGUCAUUGGGCUGCACGAGGAGAUCGAGCACUUCUACCAGUACGUCCUGCCCACACCCUGCGAACACGCCAUCCGCAACGAGGUGGUCAAGCGCAUCGAGGCCGUUGUCCAUUCCAUCUGGCCACAGGCGGUGGUCGAGAUCUUUGGCUCCUUUCGCACCGGCCUCUUUCUGCCCACCUCUGAUAUUGAUCUCGUUGUGCUAGGUUUGUGGGAGAAACUGCCGCUGCGCACGCUGGAAUUCGAGCUGGUGAGCCGCGGGAUUGCCGAGGCUUGCACGGUGCGCGUUCUGGACAAGGCAUCCGUGCCCAUUAUCAAGCUGACGGACCGGGAAACGCAGGUGAAGGUAGACAUAUCGUUCAACAUGCAGAGCGGCGUGCAGUCGGCGGAGCUUAUUAAGAAGUUUAAGCGCGACUAUCCAGUGCUGGGGAAGCUGGUGCUGGUGCUCAAGCAGUUCCUUCUGCUCCGCGAUCUCAACGAGGUGUUCACGGGCGGCAUCUCCUCCUACUCGCUGAUCCUCAUGUGCAUCAGCUUCCUGCAGAUGCAUCCGCGUGGCAUUUACCAUGACACAGCCAAUCUGGGGGUGCUGCUGCUCGAGUUCUUCGAGCUAUACGGACGCAGGUUCAACUACAUGAAAAUCGGCAUCUCCAUAAAGAACGGUGGCCGCUAUAUGCCCAAGGAUGAACUGCAACGCGACAUGGUCGACGGACAUCGGCCCUCGUUCCUGUGCAUCGAGGACCCGCUGACGCCGGGCAAUGAUAUCGGCCGGAGCAGCUACGGCGUCUUCCAGGUGCAGCAGGCCUUCAAGUGCGCUUACCGCGUCCUCGCCCUCGCCGUCAGUCCGCUCAACCUCCUCGGGAUCGAUCCGCGCGUCAACUCCAUACUGGGUCGGAUCAUUCACAUCACCGACGACGUCAUCGACUAUCGCGAAUGGAUCCGCGAGAACUUCGAGCACCUGGUGGUGGUGGACCGCAUCUCGCCGCUGCCCACUGCCGCUCCCGCUGCGUACGCCACCUCCAAUGGGGCGCCCAAAUAUGUGAUCAUGCCCUCGGGCGCCGUUGUCCAGCAGCUGUACCACCAUCCGGCGGUGCAGGUGCCCACAGCUCACGGGCACAGCCAUGCGCACAGCCAUAGCCUCGGGCACGCGCAUCCCGGCGGUGGCCAUUUGGGCCAGCCGUAUGUGACCGGGUCCUCCACAUCCGCCGGAGCAACGACGACGACGGUGGCGGUGGUGGGGGGCGUGGGCGUGACGGCCGUCGGAGCCCAACAGCAGCAGCAGCAGCAGCAUCAGCAGCAACAGCAGCAGCAACAGAACGCACUGACCCAUUCCUCCUCCCACGCACAGCAGCAGUCGCAGAACCAAUCGCAGUCACGUCACAGACGUGGCAGCACCUCGUCGGGAGAUGACUCCGAGGAUAGCAAAGACUGCGAUGUGGUCGAGACGACGUCGGGUGCUCCGGAGGUCAUCGACAUCACGCUGUCGCCGCCGAAUGGCCUGAGCUCCUCCUCCUCCAUAUCUAUGCCGCUGCCAGUGCUCGCCGUCGGCAUGCCAUCGACGAGCAGUUGGAGCGGCCAUGGCAAUGGCAAUGGCAAUGGCAACGGGAGCGGAAACGGAAGCGGAAACAGCAGCUCAUCCACGGGCUCGUCGCCGGAAAACGCCCACACCGCUGCCCAGGACAUGGAACCAGAGCUGGAGGAGGUGCAGCAGCAUCAGCAUCAGCAUCAACAGCAGCAGCAGCAGCAGCAGCAAAGUCAACAGGUCCAGGAAACAUCUGGAGGUGGCGGCUCUGCAACCGGAUCCGGAUCAGGUUCUGGCAGGGGAGACGGCAGUGGUGGACGCACCUACAACCAGCGGGGCAGCCACAAUUCUAGCGGCUACUACCACCAGCAGUACUACGUGCCACCGCCGAUGCAGCAGCAGCUGAGCAAGUCCAACUCGAACUCCUCCUCCUCCAACUAUCACCAGCAGCAACAUCACAGUCACAGUCACAGCCACAGCCAUAGCAACCACAGUCACCGGCAGCAGCACCACCACCACCAGCAGCAGCAGCAGCAGCAGCCGCAACACAGCCACCAGCAGCGACCGCAGCAUCUGCGUUUGGGCGGCGGCGGCGGCAAUCGCUACCAGAAGUCCGUGGGCGGAUCGCCCACCAUCAGUACCGGCAAUGCAUCGAACAGCAGCAGCAACAGCAGCAACAGUAGCAGCAGCAGCCACAGCCACAGCAACAACAACAACAACCGCCUGCCGCCACUGCGGGGCACGCUGGUGAACUCAUCGUCGGCUAUAUCAAUCAUUUCCAUAUCCUCAGAGUCAUCCAUUGCCAGCAGCAGUUCCAGCUCGUCAAGAUCCGGACAGGACCAGCAGCAGAACGAGCGGGAUGAGCGAUAGGAUUAGGGUAUAUAUGAUAUAUGAUAUAUGAGAGAUAUGAUAUAGCAUAUAUAGGAUAUGAGAUUGUGAAUGAGAGAGAGAAAGAGAUAGUUACGAGUUAGCAAUAUUUAUGGAUUAUAUUUCUUUCUCAGGUUAACUGCAAACUAUGCUGCAUUUUUCUAAUUAAUACACCCUAUCCUUCCUUUCACCCUCCUCUCCUCCACAAUCCCUCAAACGUAAUGGUUAGAUUUUAUUUUAUAUUGCUGUCUCGCUUAAGCUGCAGAGCGAAGUAAACCUACUAAGCUUAAUUUUAGGAACUUUGCCUCUGAUUUCGCUAAAUGUUUUUCAUUUUGUUUCUAAAAUAAACAUGAAAGCAACAAAAAAAAAAUUAUAUAUAUAUAUAU